CAAUAAGACAGAAUGGAUAUUUCCGCCUUCACAGACACCAAGAAUUUCCCCUCCGUCAACCCUAAGGUGACGCUGGAAGUGUAUCAUCAUGAUCUGAAGUACACCAUCAAAAGCCAUCCCAAUGACAUCGGCAGCGUCGGCUACGUGCCGCCACGGCGUACCGAGAAUCCUGCGUUUUCCUAUUACCACACACCGACUGCACUCCGAAAAGUGUUAACCACCAGCAGCGACGCUCAGUGCUCCAGCUACGGCUACGACCAGAAGGCCAAACACGAGAACCGACGCAGUACGCGCACUUCGCGCAUGCAAAUCUGGAAAGAGGAAGAGGCGCGCAGCGUCCCUCUCCUAAGUUCCAGCGCGAUCGGCCGCUUUAACAAAGAGGACGCCGCGGUGGAUGUGUUCAAGUUCAGUCGGCCGCAGAUUCCCUGCAUCCAGCAGGAGUUUUACUCCACCACCGGGGUACUGCCCGUCUUCGUAACUACCACGCUACAGGUCCUACCUGGCAUGAAAACCGCCAGUGCGGAGGAUGAGAAAAAAUUCUAUCGGUGAUGUGCUUGCUGAAGCUGAGCAAAAGCCAGCUUGUUUUAAUCUGUCUUCCGUCUAAGCAUUGGUGGACGGCGGACCGUUGGCCUGAAUCUGAUGUUGUGUAAACAGCUCGUAUUAAUGAACCAGUCAUUGAGCUGUCACAGCAUAUUUGAACGGUGUGAUCAACGGUUCAGUGGAAUUUCGUUCGUUUUGGCUUAGAGGCCAAUUAACUGUUAAUUUUGGACUUUUUACUACUUUGGCGAUCAUACAUAAUUAUAAUUUUA